AUGGCAGACUACUACAAUCCAGGUGGCUACCCACCUCGACCAGGCAGUGGGCAGAAUACCUAUCCGCCGCCGCCGAGGACAGAGCAUUACGACCACAGCAACCAAAGUUACACCUCACCAGCACCGCAGAGUUCGUACGGCUAUCAGCCCGCGCGAGAGGAUCAAUACAACUACUCCCCGCGCUCCUCUGCUAUGCAAGUUGGGCAGUACGCCGGCACGGAACACGAGUACGCGCGCCAACGCCGAAACUCGGGCCCUUAUGCCGCAAGCCAAUAUCGCGGCACCGAAGCCUCGUACUACGCGCCUCCCCCAGACUACGAUGACCGCCCCAGCUCUCGAAGCUCGCGGAGGUCCGGUAAAAGAAUCGAGAAACACGCACAUCACGACGGAGCAAAGGAACUCGGCGCCACCAUUGCCGGUGGUGCAAUUGGCGGCUGGGCCGGGCACGAAAUCGGACACAGCAACCCUCUGGUGACCGUCGCGACGGCUAUCGCGGGCGCGUACGCCGGACACAAGUUGGAACAGAAACACGAGCAUAGCAAAGAGAGAAAGCGAGAGAGACGCGCGAGUCAAGCAGACGGUAAUCGUGACUACGACGAAGAUCGGCGGAGCAGGAGUCGGAGCCGCAGCCGCAGCGCGACUCGGAGACGAUCAGUCAGCCGAAGGAGCAGAAGCGAGAGUAGCAGCGACUAUGACAGCGACGACAGCAGAAGGAGGAGACAUCAUCGACAUUAA